UUGUCCAGGUUCUCCAGGAGGGAAUCGCAGAAGGACUGGAGGUAUCCGGCCUCCACCGCGUUGUGGGACACGUCCAAAACGAAGAGGAUCCCCGGAGACUCCCGGACCAAAGUGGGAUUCCUCACGUUCGACAGCACCAUCCACUUCUACAACCUCCAGGAGGGCCUGUCCCAGCCCCAGAUGCUGGUGGUGUCCGACAUCGACGACGUUUUCAUCCCAUCUCAUGACAGUCUGAUGGUGAACCUAAAAGAGAGCAAAGAGCUGGUGAAGGAGCUUCUGAGGGCGCUGCCCUCCAUGUUCGGCUGCAGCACGGAGACCCAGAGCGCUUUGGGCCCCGCCCUGCAGGCCGCCUUUAAGCUAAUGUCCCCCACCGGGGGCAGAGUCUCCGUGUUCCAGACCCAGCUGCCCACGGCCGGAGCCGGCAGGCUGCAGUCCCGGGAGGACCCCAACCAGCGCUCCAGCACCAAGGAAACCCCUUAUAUUGAGGAGGCUGACCUGGGCGUACUGCUGGUACCCGGGCUGGCCGUAGGCGUCGUGGGAGGGGGAGGAGUCACAGAGGGGGGCGGGGCCCGUUUGGUAGGGCGUCGCCACGCCAUGGUAACCAUAGUUACCGUAGGGCGGCGCCGAGCUGCCCAGGUCACUGGAGGGGGGCAGGGAAUCUGGACAGGAGAUAUUUCAGCGUUAAAGAACGGGAGUGACCCGGGCAGCUCGGCGCCGCCCUACGGUAACUAUGGUUACCACGGCGUGGCGGCGCCCUACCAAACGGGCCCCGCCCCCCUCUGUGACUCCUCCCCCUCCCACGACGCCUACGGCCAGCCCGGGUACCAGCAGUACGCCCAGCCCUUCCCCAGCCUGACCCAGCUCUCGGCGGCCCUCGGGGGUCUGAGUGGCGUGCCGGAGCUGGAGUCUGAGGCCCUGAGGCCCGUGGACCUGCUGCAGGAGAGGAACCUGCUGCCCCCCCGGCCCCUGGAGCCCCCCGAGCCCAACCUCAGCCCCGAGCUCAGGAAGGUCAACUGCAGCCUGCAGACGUUCCGGUGCACCCUGACCAGCAUCCCUCAGACCCAGGCGCUGCUCAACAAGGCCCGGCUCCCCCUGGGCCUCCUUCUGCACCCCUUCAGAGACCUGCAGCAGCUGCCGGUCAUCACCUCCAACACCAUCGUGCGCUGCCGGUCCUGCCGGACCUACAUAAAUCCGUUCGUCACGUUCCUGGACCAGCGCCGGUGGAAGUGUAACCUCUGCUACCGGAUCAACGACGGUACGACAUUUUUACCCCUUUACCUUUUUAUUUCCCUCUUAACUCACUGGCUGCCAAAGACGUAUAUAGAGGGCGUGCAGCACCUGGGCCCGGCCACGGACUUCUAUAAGAAACUGGCCCUGGACUGCUCAGGGCAGCAGAUCGGGGUGGACCUGUUCCUGCUCAGCUCCCAGUACGCAGACCUGUCCUCUCUGGCCUGUAUCUCUAAGUACUCGGCGGGCAGCGUGUUUUAUUACCCGUCCUUCCACCACUCGCUCAACCCCGCGCAGCUGGACAAGUUCCAGCGGGACCUGGAGCGCUACCUGACCCGCAAGAUCGGCUUCGAGGCCGUCAUGAGGAUCCGCUGCACCAAAGGUCUGUCCAUCCACACGUUCCAUGGGAACUUCUUCGUCCGCUCCACCGACCUGCUGUCGCUCGCCAACGUGAACCCCGACUCCGCCUUCGCCGUGCAGAUGUCCAUCGAGGACUCGCUGGCCGACUCCUCUCUGGCCUGUUUCCAGGCCGCGCUGCUCUACACCUCCAGCAAAGGGAAGAGGCGGAUCCGGGUGCACACCCUGUGUCUGCCGGUGGUCGGCCAGCUCAGCGACGUUUACGCCGGCGCCGACGUGCAGGCCAUCACCUGCCUGCUGGCCAACAUGGCCAUCGACCGGUCGGUGUCCUCCAGCCUGUCGGAUGCCCGGGACGCGCUGGUGAACGCGGUGGUGGAUUUUGUGAGCUCGUACCGCAGCAACGUGUCCCAGAUGCAGCCGGCGGGGCUGCUGCUGCCCGCCGCCAUGCGCCUGUUCCCGCUCUACGUGCUGGCUCUGCUCAAACAGUCCGUAAUCCUGUGGGCUGCCGGUGGAGACACUUCCUCCUCCACCACCGGAAGCGCCUCUCCGGUUCCCAACAGCUACGAUUCCCUCGAAGGCGGCAGCUAUCCAGGUACCUAUUUAUCCCAUUUCAGCUUCCACCACCAGCAGAUGUAG